AAUACUCUGAAAAUAACGCGUUUAUAUUUAAACCAGGUUACUCAAUGUUUAUUAUCGAAGGAACUUUAAAUAUAGAGUGCAUGAAUGUGAUGAUUGCGAAUUAUUCAAAUAAGAACAGAAAUAUUGGAGUUGUGUUUAGAAGACGAAAAAGAACAAAAUGAAGGUUUCAGUAAAUGCAUCUAACGAAGAUAAACAUGAUCUUGACGUUAACCAUUUAAUUUACGUCAAACAUAAGUUAUACAGCGGAUCAGAUGAUGGAAAAAUAAAAGUCUGGACACCAGAUUUGAAGCUUUUGACGGAAGUGCAAGCUCACCCUUGUUCAGUUUACUGUUUAACAGCUAGUGAGGAUACUCUGUACUCCAGUUCGAAUGAUGGCACUGUGAAAACAUGGACUCUUGAUGAUCUGAAAGAAAAGAAAACACUUCUCAACCAACCAAAUUUCGAAUUUUGGAGAGUUGCUUGGAGUGAUGGGUAUUUGUAUGUUGGAGAUGACCAAGGGAAUAUUCGAGUAUAUAAUAACGAAGUUUAUUAUGGAAUCAUGAACAUUGCUGAGCCUGUUAAAGAUAUGGCUGUUGAUGGACACAUCUUGUUCACAGCAAAUCUGGAUAUUAUUAUCACAGAUGUCAAAUUGAAAGGGAAAAACCUUCAAUGUAUCAAUCGUAUCAACAUUUAUGGUAAGGCCCCACUCACAUUAGCUGGAAAUACAUUAUGUUUCACGAAUAGAGAAGGAAGAGACAUAAUUGUUCAUGAAAAAGCCGAUGAGAAGAAUUGGAAAGAAUUGACACAAAUGAAAGGCGCUCAUGAGCUCAUUAUAAAUUCUCUAGCUGGAGCUGCUUGCAACGGUAAAGUCGAUCUCUUCAGUGGAGGAUGGGAUAAAAACGUCAAAAGAUGGUCAAUUGAGGGCAAUAAGAUUGAGUAUAAGGGUUCAUGCGAUCUGGGCUUUACUGUAAAUACUCUCAUUCUAGGCGAAAACGACACUGUUUAUGCAGCUGGCGAAAAUGGAUAUAUUUGUCGAAUAGAUGGAAAAUAAUUAUUGAACAUUAUGUCUCUUACUCACAUUAUUUUAUUAUACUAUUUUUCUCAUUUCAACUUAAUGAUUCAAUUCGUUUAAGUUUAGAAAUUUUUCUCUUUCGAUAAAAUAUAUACAUGUUUAAGGUUA